UCAUGUUCAUUUCCAUUCUUAAACCCACCGUAUAAUAAAAUACUUGCUUUAAUAAUGGCCUAUCAAUUAUUUUUAUUGAUCGUCAUCUUACCAACUGCUUGUCUCGCAUCUUUACCAGAUUUUGUCCAAGAUGAUGGAAUCAGUAAGGACUUGACAGUCUGUGGCGGUACGAUAGAGUCCGACUCUGGCGUCAUCACUUACUCUGGAUCCCCCACCUUAAGUCGUGGCGAUGAAUGCGUUUGGGUUAUCCAUCUCCAGGCCAGGAUGUGGUUCUCCUUUAACUUUUCCAAAUUUGACAUCAACUCUGGCUUCCUGGACUGUCGAGAUGGUGGUGUUAGAAUUUACGCGUUGACCAAUCUAGUAGGGCCGGAUGAGUCGCAGAGAUAUUCAUUUUGCUAUAAUGACCCACCUCCUGAAGAAUUCUUUCUCGGGCAUACCAUUGCCGUCGUAAUUUUGCACAUUGGAUCACAAAAUUUGUCUCCGGGGUCGGGCUUUGAACUAAAUUGGUCUGGCAGAUCGAUUGAUCCAUUACGGACCAAACACGCGUCGGCAUACUCCACACUUCCAGAGGGAAUUGUUAAGUAUCCGGUGACCGGAACGUAUCCCACCAGCGUGGCCGCGACAUGGUUGUUCAAACCGGUGUCAAACGUUGAUCUGUCCAUUAGUAAGAUCGGGUUAGAGGAAUGUUCCCUAGAUGGGGGUGAAGAUCGAUGUGCGUGUGAUGCAUUAAUUUUGUAUCAAAUUGGGACAUCUGGACAGUUAAACGAGACCAAGAGAAUGUGUGGGGAGGAGGCGAGCGUGGACUUUUCCAAUUUAAAGGGAACGUUUUUACUCGCUUUCUUCACCGAUUUGGAAGAUUUACGGGGUGGGACUGGAUUUACGGCGAGGUAUUAUCCAAAUCAAAAUAUUACACCGGCCACCCAGUCGCCAACUACUACAAGCGAAUCAGAAACUACUCGAACAACUAAUACAGUGACAUCUACAGUCAAACCUGGACACAGAUGUGGCGGGAUGUUGCAAGGUACCCCGACAUGGCAAGCUAUUAAUUAUAAACCACAUAAUGGUCAUGGUCCUCAUGAGCGUUGUACGUGGACAAUUGAUGGCAGAAACCAUACAACGUUUUCGUUCAAGCUUUUACAGCCCGUGUUCGAUAGGCUGGCCUUUGCUUUUGUGACCAGUUUCACGAAUGCGGAUGUUCCUUUAAUGGCAAAUCACAGAAUAAGCUCGUCAAACACCACCUUUGAAAGCACUGUUCCUGGGUCACUUGCAAUUAUUACGUUUGCAACGGGAAAUGAAUCAAAUUAUGGCGGGCUAUAUCUUUAUUUCCGCUCAGUUGGACCCACGCCAGACAACACAACACGUUCUUCUCGAGAUGAUAGUGUCCUCGUGGCCGAGCAGGAACUUAUCAUGCAUCCAGUGGAACCCGGGUAUUAUAAGAACUAUGAAUUAUCAAGUUUUCUCGUGAACAAGCCGAACUAUCAGUUUAACGGGGAAUCCCUGAGGUACAAUUUUCACGAAAAGAAACAAGGAUCCAUAAAUGAUAAUGAUUUCGUCGAAGCGUAUCAGUUCCAUUACCCAGGCGGAUGGACGCACUACAGGCGACUCACCACCAAUAACGGAAUAUUCGAACACGACGAUAUAGUUUUAUUCAUAUUCGUCUCUAAUUAUAUUAACCCAGGAACCGGGUUUAUUAUUGAUGUUACGCGUCGUAUAAAUUCCACGACAGGAAGUGUGGAAAUAAAGUAAUGUCCGGUCCAUAUAGAAAAUUGGUAGUUAUUCAUUUGAAAUAAUUGGAAGAGUUUAAAUAAAGUAUUCCAGUUUGGCAAUGUAUUCUUCA